UGAAAGCUUUGAUAACAGAAAAAGAAGAAGAAGAGAGAGAUUGAAAUCUCAAUCUCUAUCCAUCUUCUGAAGCCCAAAGGAGCCAUGGCCGCCUCCAUGAUAGAAAGCAACAGCCUCUCCCGUGCAAUGGAGAGAAACGGCCAAUGGGUCUUCUCUCCAGACGUCCCAACUGAUGUAGUAAUCGAAGUAGGCGACGCCAGUUUUAACCUUCACAAGUUCAUGCUUGUAGCAAAGAGCAAUUACAUAAGAGAACUGAUAAUGGAAUCGGAAGAGCCUGAUUUGGCGAGGAUCGACCUCUCCGACAUCCCCGGCGGACCCGAGGCGUUCGAGAAGGCGGCCAAGUUCUGCUACGGCGUCAAUUUCGAGAUCACGGUUCACAACGCGGCGGCUCUUCGUUGCGCCGCCGAAUACUUACAAAUGACCGACGAGUACUGCUGCGACGGCAACCUCGCCGGCCGCGCGGAGGAUUUCCUCUCUCAAGUCGCACUCAGAAGUCUGUCCGGCGCGGUUGUCGUCCUCAAGUCGUGCGAAGAUCUUCUUCCUAAGGCGGAAGAUCUCAACAUCGUCAAAAGAUGCGUCGAGGUCGCGAGUGCUAAGGCUAACAAUGAGGCAAACUUCCCAAGCCGAUCUCCGCCGAAUUGGUGGACGGAAGAGCUAUCGAUCUUAGACAUAUCUUCCUUCAACAAAAUCAUCACAGCAAUGAAAUCACUUGGCGCGAAACCCCUAACCGUAGCAAGCGGAAUAAUCACCUACACCGAAAAAUCGCUCCACAAUCUCGUUAGAGACCACUCUGGAAAUGGCGCCAGAAAAUCCUCCGACUCUGACGUCAGAAUCCAGCAGAGAGUUCUCCUAUCAUCGAUCGUCGCCCUAAUGCCGGUCGAAAAGGCGGUGUUUCCGAUCAACUUCCUCUGCUGCCUCCUCCGCUCCGCAAUCUUCCUUGGAUGCGCGAACAGUUGUAAAAACGAGAUCGAGAACAGGAUCUCGGCUGUUCUGGAGCACGUGACGGUCGACGAUCUGAUGAUUUUGACCGUCAGUUACGACGGCGGGAGGCUGCUUGAUUUGGAGAGCGCGAGGAGGAUUUUGGCCGGGUUCGUGGAGAAGGAGAAUAGCGCGGGGGUGUUCGGCAGCAGUUUAGGGGAGGUAUGUUCGGCGGCGAUGCAGAGGGUUGCGAAGACGGUGGAUGUGUAUCUCGGUGAGAUUGGGGGGUAUGGGGAGCUGAGUAUUUCGAAGUUCAACGGAAUCGCAAAUUUGGUGCCUAAGGCGGCGAGGAAGACCGACGAUGAUCUUUACAGAGCUAUUGAUAUAUACUUGAAGGCUCAUCCAAACUUAGACGAGAUAGGACGAGAGAAGGCCUGCGGCGUGAUGGAUCCACUAAAACUGUCCUACGAAGCCAGAGUCCACGCUUCUCAAAACAAACGAUUACCACUCCAAAUACUCCUCCACGCUCUCUAUUACGACCAACUCAAGCUACGAAGUGGCGUCGACGACCGCGCCAGCGUUCAAAAUGCCGUCACAACAAGGAGCCAAGUACAAGCAGAUGUGUCCUUGGUCAGAGAGAACGAGGCACUGCGAGCCGAGCUAAUGACGAUGAAGAUGUACGUAACCGACUUGAAGAAGAACAUAGGCACGCCGUCUUCCUCUAAGGGCGGUGGCGCUCGGAAGUCGACGUUUUUCUCGUCGGUGGGGAAAACUUUGGGGAAGUUGAAUCCGUUCAGACAUGGGUCUAAGGAUACGUCUAAUAUUGAGGAUGUUGUAGAUACCACCAAGCCCAGAAGAAGAAGGUUCUCCAUCUCUUAGAAGGAAAGUUCAUUUUUCUUAUUGUUUGAGUUGUGUCGUUGUGUGGAGAACUCUUCGUACAUAGAUUGGUGCUUUUUUGUUUUUUUUUGCAAUGGAUGUUUGUUAAAUGUGUUGUGUUCUCCUUCUUUGCUUUCCAUAAAAGAAAAUGUAUUGUUUUCUUGCUACUUUUAAGUUUUGUUGUGUCAAUGUCAAUUUUCUUUUAGCA